UCUUAAACUCCCAACAAACAUUAUAUCACUCCAUCCCUCCAUCUUUUCCUCAUCCAUUUAAAUAAAGAAAUGGCUCGAGGCAAACACUUGUCAUCAACAACUUUCUUAUUUCUAGUUUUAAUUUCUCAUUUUUCGGUUAUUAUAGCAAGCAUUGACGAACUAGCUCCAAAAGACAAAAAGAUUUACAUUGUGUAUACUAAGAAUUCUGAUUAUGUCAAAAUCUUAGCCUCAGUAUUAGGAAGUGAGGAGGCAGCAACAGAGGCAAUAGUGUAUACUUAUCGAUAUGCAGUAGAAGGAUUUUCAGCUUCAUUGACUCCCGAACAGGCUUCUCGUUUGUCAGGGCAAGAUGAUGUUUUAAGUGUCCAAGAAAGCAAAUUAUACAGAUUGGAUAAGGGAUUUGAAGGUCAAACCAACAAUCAACUGGGAGAGUUGUCUAAUGAUCAAUAAGUUCUUGAAAGCUCACUUGUAAUUAACCGUCUAGCCUUUGGCAAAAAAAUAAGGAAAUAAUGCCAAAACUUUCAAUUUUAGGACUUCAUUGGUCUCUUAUCACGCACUAAAAUUUGGACAGGACGUGAAUGCAAUCAAUACUAAUUAUCUCAAGCAAAAACCUUGUAUGUAUCUAGCUGACAAAUAGAUAAUCUAAUUAAGCGAUCUAAAUUUGGAAGGGCCUGUUGAAAAAUUAAUUAUUAAUUUCUCAAAAAGAAUACUAUGUCUUGCGAUUACAAUUGUAAUUGAUUCUUCUUUAAUG